AUGAUACCUAUGUGUGACCUCCAUGGGUUAAACCUAUUUGUGGAGGAUGACCUAGGGUCCUUUUUUGACAGAUUUGAAAAGAAACGGAGAGAUACUCAUAAUUAUGUUAUCCUCACAGACUACACCACUUUUUCAAAUGAACAACCAAGAUUUUUAACCAUUUUGAAAUUUUUUUUACAUGACCAGAUAUCACAUUCAAAUAAAAUUGUGCCAUCUAGAUGUUAUUAUUCAUCCGUUCAGGAUGAUCUAAAAAAAUGCAAUUUUUCAGAUAAUCAGAUUUUUAGCAUAAAUGAGAAAAAAUGGACACACCCAAUAAUCCCAGACUGUGGUGACCAUGAGAACCAUGUCAAGAAGAAGUGUCAUUGUUCCUUUAACGAAAAAUAUGUUUUUAAAAAUGAGAAAAACAAUUCUGAAUUAGACAGGAAAACACAAAAUAUAGAUAAAAUUACGAACAGAGGAAAACAUGAAAAUAUUCUUAGAAAAUACAAAAAGUGGAAUCACUGCAUUGGAGAAAACGGAACAGAAAGUACUGUUAGCGGUUCUGAAAGCAACUUAACCAACUUAGUCAACUUCAACAAAUUCGACAAAUUAGAAACCAGUGUAAGUAAUCCCACAAGAGACAUAACUAAGGACAUGGACGAGGCGCAAAUAGUUGUCGAAAAGUAUGAACAAAUCAUCCAAGACAUAAGUACCAAAGAUGACCACCUUUUUGUAUACAAAAUUAAUAACACCAUAGUUAUCAUUUCGAAUGUAAACAAAUAUCGUAACAAAUUUGAAUUCACACAACAAUUAAAUGAAAUGUUUUACGACUAUAGAAUUUUGAGAAAUACAGAAUUAAUUUCGAUUCACAUCCACACUAACCUUUUGAGUGCACUAAAAGAAAAAGAAUGGAAAUGCUUAUUUACACAUACGUUAAAGAUAGCUAUUCUUAAUGACUCGAAAUUGUUCUGGAAAAUAAAAAAAAAUGAUUUGUUCCUUUUCAAGAAAAAAGCAAAAUAUUUUCUUAACAAAUUUUUAUUGAAUAGUCAAAAUGUAAGAAAAAGAGGAAAAGGAAACAAAAAAGUUAUGAACAUGUUCAGGUUUGGAAAUACCAUUGGAAAUGCCAUAAAAAAGGUAAGGGGAAAUGUUCUUAAUGGUACGAUCAAUUUGGAACAAGAGGAGGAAGAAGAAGAAGAAGAGGAUUAUGUCACGUAUGGCAUUUACUACGAACUAAAGAUUCUUUACGAAUUAAAUGCAGUAGACAUGACCGUGCUCAUAGAUGUGGAAGAAAUAAUGAAGAAAUAUAAAUUAAAAUAUAAAUUAGAAACAAAUUUUUUAAAUUAUUAUGCAUAUGAUAUAAUUCACCAACUCAGCAGAGAACACAAGUCGUAUACAAGGGAAAUUGAGUUAGUUUAUUUAUUAGACAUAAGUCAAUUACACCGCGAUGUAAUCAUUAAUGCACCCAUAAGUGUCGUGUACAAAGUUCUUUGUCCGGUCAUAUCCAUGUUCCCUAUUAACCGUCUAUCAGCAGUAACUGUGGGUUUAACACAGGAUUCAGAACCUAUUGAAAAACACGAAACAUUCCAACAAAUAGAACCCGUUGCAUCUAUCACGACUUCGCUACUAGGAAGAGCCAAGAAAAACAAUUUUCAUGAACAAUUCGUUCAUCUAGAACAGAUAGGUAACAAAUCUGAAACCAUUAGAGUGAUAUAUGUGAGUUGUAUGAGCAGAGAGAACAUCUGUAUCAAGAAUGUAAACACAUGCCUCGACGUCAUGGUUUUUAUAAAAAUAUUAAGGGAUCUAAAAUUUGACAUAUUGUUGAGGAAAUAUCAGAAACACACAACAUGCACAAAUGAAAAUUCAGGAAGGAAAAACUUGCAAAACAUAUUACUUGUAAGAGGAAAUAUACAAAAGAAUAUUUUUUUAUUUAAAAAUUUCGUUUAUCAGAAAAAACUUGUUCUCAAUAUAUACAACUGUGGCACCGUGUGUCGUUUCAUACUUCCACUUUUAUGCUUAUACAUUUGUAAACAAAAUUUGAAAGCAAAAGAAAGAAAAAAGAAGGUUCUAAAAUAUAUAAUUUUGAAAGGAAACAAACAAAUGGAAUCAGUAAGAAUUAUAAGCCCAUUAGUAAAAGUCAUACAUGACACUUUUCCAUUCAUAAAAAUAAAAUAUUUAAAAAAAAUAAACUACCUCCCUAUAUGUAUUACUGUGAAAAAAGAAAUCAACCGGAAAAUGAAACUUUUUUGUUGUAAAAAUGUGAAUAUACAGAAUUACCAUUCUAGUCAGUUCGUCUCAUCGAUGCUCCUUGUGUCUAUUUUUUCUGACACAGAUACGUGUAUUCGUUUGUUGUUCAAGAGGAUGAGACCUGUCUGGGGUAGAAAAAGACAGCAUGUCACAGCAGGUACAAGCAUGAAAGGCAAAACAGAUGUCCCACUUGGUAACACAUCUGAUGAAAAAGUGGUGGGAAAUCCUACCCCUUGUGUCAGGGUCAAUGUACGAAAAUAUUUGUACCUGAAAAAUGUCAAAAAAGAGAAGAAAUGGUGCUACAAGCACAGAAUGCAGAUACACAAAAUAAAGAUGCACAAAAUAAAGAUGCACAAAAUAAAGAUGCACAAAAUACAGAUUCACAAAAUACAGAUGCAUAGAAUACAGAUGCAUAGAAUACAGAUUCACAGAAUGCAGAUGCACAAAAGUGAACCUUUUCUUAAGUAUGCCAAGUGGGACAGUGCACAUAUAACACCAGGUAGAACACGUCACUCAUGCACCCUCACUGCACCUGUCAAGAAGUACAUCCAGAGAAAAAUAUGUUCAAAUUGUUCACCUCCCUCACUUGGAACAGGUGACUUGGAAAAUGAUUCAACUCUGAGACACAAAACAAAGGGUAGAAACUAUAUUCAGCAUUUCAGCACGACUUCAAAAUCGUUCAUAGAUUUGACAAUACAUAUAAUGAAAUUAUGGGGUGUGCAGGUCCAAAUGAAAAACAUGGAUUAUUUUAUUAAAAAGAGGAAAAAAUAUCCCUACUAUGAGAGAAGGAAGGAUACACAUUCUGUACUUCAAAAAAAAAGUAUCAUAAGGAAAGUGAAGCGGUUCAUGUGUUCGAUGAGCUAUUCAGUUGUAUAUACUAAUAUUCGCUUUAUCAAAAAGAAAUUGCACAUCUGGUUUUCUUCCGGCAGUUCUAGUGAUAUUAUCAUUGGAACUUGUUCUCUUUACAGUAACAUGGAUGGAGAUGAAGAUAUUGAUAAAUCUAGUCGCUUUCCUACUAAAAGGGGUUCAAAGAAAGCCUGUCGUAGAUGUGAUAAUAAAGAGAAUGAGAUAAGUAAUAACCUAGUGAACCCAAGUGAAAAGAUAAAAAUGGGAAAAGAAACAAACCGGUACACGAACAGAUAUGUAGAACAAGUUAAAUGUUGUCAUAGCGGAUGGAGGAGAAGCAAAAGUAGUGGCAUUGUAAACCAUGAGAAGUUAUACAAGGUAGAAAGCGACCUAGGUCUGAUCUUUUAUUUUAUCAUUGGAUGUCUUAUAAAAGGAGUAAAUUGCAGCAUUGACUUGAGCUUACAGUUAAAGGGUGUAGAAUUGUACACAAGGAGAUGGAGGUCAAAUCUGAAAGAGCUAGCCAAGGGUAAGAAGAACAUUUCUCCAGAUGUAACAAACCAAAGAAGUAUACUUAAUUGCAGUAAACAAACCUGGAGAUAUCGAAAAAUCAAAGAUGUGAAAUUCCAGAAUCACAUACCAAAUUAUUCACUCCUCAACAUUUUACUGCUCCUAGGGGUGGACAUAUACAUAAAAGGAACAAGCAGAAAGAGCAAAAAAUUAUACUUUUUUUUCAAAAAAAAAAUGAACAUUAGAAAGAUAUGGAUUAAAAGACUUCUCCGAUUGGCAACUUCUAAACGUAUAAGAAAUUUUAAUCAAAGGAAUGGAAGUGAAGGAUGCAUAAGAGGAAGAGACCUUGUGCAUGUCAAAUACAAAGUAUUUGAAAAGGUGCACAUAAAACUGAAGCUUUUUUCAGGUAAAAUAUUCCUGGAAAUAGUAAUAGACGCUGAAAAUUUUUCAGAUGAUUUUUUUUCCUUGAGUAUAUUAUUUUGCUACUAUGUAUUUACACAUCCAAAUGAAAACAUUUUGUUUAAAAUCAAAAAUAUACGCAACCAGAAUAUAAAGGAGUCCAUACGAAUAUAUCAUUCUGUCACUAUCCUUAAGUUAUUUUUUCAAAACACUCUUUGUAUUCUCUGUAAUGAGAACAUUGUGUAUAUAAAAAAAAUGAAACAUCCAAUACAAAAUUGUCUUUUCCGUCAAAAUAGGAUCAACAAAAAGGAAAAAAAAAAAAUUUCCACAAUGGAAGUAUCAAUACAAAGACAGGAGUGUAACAACACAAAUUGUCGAGGGAGAAAAGAAAUGCAACCAUUCAACAACUCCCAAUAUGUAAUCAACAAUAAACAGGAGUUAUACAUCUAUGUAGACACUCAAAAGGAUCACAGAAUAAUUUUUAUGAUUACAGUUUUGUCGCUUAUUUGGAAAAAUAUCAUAAUUGAUAAUUGUUCCGAAAUUGAAAAGAGCUGUCCACGCUUUUUUGAAUAUGCAAAUAGGUACCUAGGAAUAAAAAUAAACUACACAACUUCUGAAGAAAUAAACUUUUGCAAAUUCACAAAAAUUUAUAAAUACAGAUUGACCAAUGAUAGAAAUGAUGAAUCUUCUUCUGAUCGUCUUUCCCCUUCUGUAAACUCCAUAACAUGCAGCAGCUCCUCAGGAAGUAAUAACUGCCAUUUUAAAAAUAAAUAUAAAAAACCUUUACAAAAUUGGGAUCAUAACAAUGACACCCAAAGUUACAAAGGAGGGAAAAAAUAUGUCACUAUAAAAAUAAAAGAGAAAAAAAAUGAGGAAAAAUUACACAAAAUGGAGUGUCUUCUACUACACCCUACUGUAAAUGCAGAAAAAUGUGAUAAAAACAGUUUUUUAAAAUAUGACCAUAUGAAAAAUUAUGUACUGAUCGAAAACGGGUAUAAAAAUUCACACAACCACUUUGACAGAAGAUAUGUUCAUCAGGGGGAAGAUGAUAACCUUGGUCAGUAUAUUGAAAAAAGCACUUUAUCCAAAAUUAAGAAAAAUAUUAAAGAUAAUAAGGAAGAGAAAGUGAAAAAAUCAAAUAAAACUGAUUUGCACAUGUGUAACACAUGUGGUCAUAGAGACCAUUUAACGAAAGUUAUUUCUACUUCUACAAUGCAGGAACAUAACUGCCUAAUGAACAAAAAAAGAGAAAAAUCGAAGUUAGUACUUUAUAAUGAAAUUUCAUUCAUUAUAAAAAACAAAUAUACAUCUAAAAAACAUGAAAAUGGGACUUUUGGCAAAGGGAGUGUAUACCUACCAUAUGACUCUAACUAUUUGAGAAAAUACAAAUAUGAGGACAUACUAAAAGGAGAUGAUGUAAAUGUUUUUUACUUAAUUAACCAAUUAAAUAAUCUCAAUAUAAACAUAAUAUGUGGCAUUAGAAAUGUAGGGAAAAGCUACCUGAGCAGGAAGAUAAGACAAAACGACACUCUUGUUAUAGACAUAGAUGAACACAUUCUCAAUGGACCAAUAAGCUUUGACCAUCUAACAAUUGAUGAUUUUAGAUAUUAUGAGUAUAUCACUUUGGUUUCAACACUUUAUCUAGCAUAUUGUGUUUUACUGGGAGUUGGAGGAUGGGAAAAUACUUACAAUGGAGGAGCUAUCAGCGAGGACUGUGGAGAGAAGGAAAAAUGCAAAAGUAGAUUCAUCGAAGAAAAGAAAAAGAGCCUGUUGAAUAUUUAUACCGGUUUCUUUAAACUAAUGGAGAGCACGAAAAAUGAUUCACAAGCCAACUUUGACAGUAAUAGUAUCUUUUUUAGUCUAUGUGAUAAAGAUAUCAUAUUUUACAACAAAAAAAUAAAUAACCUGUACCAUUUGCUAAUUAAAAAUUUUAAUCAAAGAAAAGAAGUAAUAAACACCCAAAGUGUAACAAUCGUUUUGGGUGGAGGAAUAAUCGAAUUUCAGAAAUCAAGAGAGGUAUUGAAAAAAUUAAAAAAUGUAAUACUACUUAAAAGAAGCAAAAGCGAAAUUUACCAUAUAUGUAUGAAUGACAAAAUAAAACCACCUUUAAGUGGAAACCUAGAAGAAAUAAUCAACAGAAGAACCGUGUUAUUUGAAAAAUUGAACGCUUUUCAUUUUUAUAUACCUCCUGAAAAUGUUAUUAAUACACAUAUAAAAAAUUUAAAAAAAUCAAGAAAUGAAUUAAUUGUUAGUAGCUUCUUAAACUUUUUUAAUUACAAUUUUUUUCUGAAACCAAAAGUUCUCCAAACAUACAACAAAGGGAUGGGGGGAGGAGGAAGAGCUAUAUUAUCCAUUCGUCUAACCAGUUUUUUGUCUUUCAAUUAUGAGUUGUUGAAUUGCGUAUACGAUAUAGUAGAAGUUAUCAUCGAUUCUUGGUAUAACUACACGAAUAGAGAUCAUGAACAGAAUGAUUAUUACCCUGAUUUAUUUGAACUAGCCAUAUUUAUCAUCCGAUCGUAUACAGAUAAACCUAUUGUUGCUAAGUUCCCCAAAUGGGUUUUGUUCUCCAAUUUUUAUAAGAUCCAAACUGAUGUACCAGUUGAAGACCACAAAAAAAAUAUCCCAAAAAAUAUUUCCUAUAAAUACUUAUUAAGAAGAUUCUACAAAUACAAAAUUAACAUCUUCGACAUGGACGUUAGUUUUUUUAAAAAAGGAAAAUAUUUCUUAUCAUGUAAAAAGGAAAAUAUUUUUUUAAUUAUCUCAAGGCAUAUGGAAAAGGUACACAAAAGAAGUAUUUCCAACAAUUUAACUAAACUAGACAGAUUAUUACCUGAUUUAAUAAUAUUAAAAUUUGCUCAUGCAAAUAGGGAGGAUCGCGAGAUACUUCACUUGGUGAUAACUGAUUAUUAUGAAAAUAAAGUUGGAAAUCGAAGUAUCAUCCCUCUCAUUAAAAGUACAGACGAAACCAAACGUUAUGAAAUAUCGUCUUACAAUUUGGAACAGAACAGUUCGUUUGUUUUUCUCUGCAAUAAAAUUGCACACUUGGGGUAUCGACAACAAACCGUUUUAAAUUUCCAGAACAAGGAGAGAGAACACAACCAUCCCCCGCAUACCAAUUAUAUGCAUAGUUUCUAUUACCAAAAAAUUAAGAGCAUCAUAACGGUAUCCCCGAUAAGUGCUAGCAGUAAAUUUUGA